AUCAGUUUUAAGGACAUGGACAGUUUUCCAAGUUCAGCUACCAUUACUGCAUCCCUGAGGCUCAGCAUCCCUCCUGGCAGGAUGGGGACCGUGACGCUGGCACUGUCCCUGCUCGCUGUGGCUCUCCUGUGCCCAGCCACCGCCACGCUGCGUGUCGGUGCCUUCAACAUCCAGGCGUUCGGUGACACCAAGAUGUCCAACGAGGGAGUGGCGGGCAUCAUCGUCAGCAUCCUGCGCCGCUACGACGUGGUGCUGGUGCAGGAGGUGCGCGACUCCGACCUCAGCGCCGUCACCCAGCUCAUGGAGCAGCUCAACAGCGUGUCCUCUUCCCCAUACGACUACGAGAUCAGUGAACCCCUGGGACGGGACAACUACAAGGAGAUGUACCUCUUCAUCUACAGGACAGACACUGUCUCCGUGGUGGACACCUAUCAAUAUGAGGAUCCCCAGGACGUCUUCAGCCGGGCGCCAUUCAUCCUGAGGGUCUCAGCACCCCACACCAGUAAGCAGGGGGACAAGUGGCCCUGGGCACUGGCAUGGGGUGGCCGUGAAGCUGAUGUCCCUCUCCUGGCAGAGGUGGAGGAGUUUGUGCUGGUGCCACUGCACUCGGCCCCGCACGAUGCCGUUGCCGAGAUCGACGCGCUCUACGACGUCUACCUGGCCAUCGUCGACAAGUGGGGGACUGACAACAUCAUGUUCCUGGGGGAUUUCAACGCCGACUGCGCUUACGUCCAGCCGAGCGACUGGUCGGCCAUCCGCCUGCGCACCAGCGACAUCUUCAAGUGGCUGCUCCCCGACGGCACCGACACCACCGUGGGGAAGUCAGACUGUGCCUACGACAGGAUCGUGGCGUGCGGUGCCAAGCUGAAGAGAAGCAUCGUGCCAAAUUCAGCUGCCAUCUACAAUUUCCAGCGUGCUUUCCAGCUGGAGCAGGAGGAGGCCCUGGCAGUCAGCGACCACUACCCAGUCGAGGUGAAGCUGAUGGCUUGAGCUCCUCUUGCAGCCACAGACCAUGAUCCAGCUCCAGCUCCCACCACCACGCCCCGUGAAGGCGCUCCCCGCAGCCCCAUCGCUGAGCCCGGUGUGUGGGUUGCUCCACGUCCCGGUCUGGAGAAGGGUGGCAGCCGUCUGCUGGCCGUGCCCAGACCUCCCCCAAAAGUCCACG